AGGUAAUAAUGCUGCAUGAAUUUAGGAUACAUCAAAUGUCUGGCCCAUAAUCACUGCUCGACACAAAGAAACCCAAUGAGAAGUAUUGUUAUGCUACAGGGAACACAGCUCCAUUUCAAAGAGAGGAAGCUAAAUGACUUGGCCAGGUCACAGUGACCCGGUUGCUCUGACAACAAAUCCCUGUGCAUCAGAUGUUUCCCCAGAGGUUGUUCCUGGGAGCCCUUAGCCACUGAGCAGAAGGGUGGGGCCAUUCCUGUGAUGCCAGCGGGAAGUCUGCUGGGGCUGCUACCUGGCAUUAGAUGCAAGAGAUGGGAGUAUGGAUCAGCUUAAGCAGAAAGGGCAGAAUCAGGGCAUGAGAGCUUUUCAAGGGGAAGAGGAUGACCCAGACUGCCCCACUUACCCUCAUAAGGAGAGGUGAGACAGGAUCAGGAGCUGAAUACUAAAGGAGGACCCAGCAGGCCCCCAGUGCAUCCCACCCUGAGCCCAGCACCAGUGAGCUCCUCAGCUGAAGGAGAGAAAAGUAGAAGAAAGUGAAGGCUGUUGUAUGGAGCUGAGGCAUUUGACUCUCCUCUGAAGCCCACUGAGGAUACAAGUCAAGACACUGUUUUGCACCAUAAGACUAUGAGUGGGAUGCUUACUGAGAGAGUACUACAGUGAUCCAGGCAUCAGGUCCAGAUGAAGCUGAAAGAAGAAGCGCACAGAAGGAUGACCUAGAGAGUGAACCAGAGACCUUCCCACCUGACCAGCAGCACUAGUCCCAAUGACACUUUGCUUGAUCCUCUUCUGGGGUCAGCAAGUUUACUGUCUCCCAGUUUUUCUUUACCAUUUGAUGAACAACACCAGGAAGAUAAUUUGACUGGAAUGAACAUCACUGAGCUUCCACUUUCUGCUAGCUACAGUGCUGUGUGUGCCAUGCAUGUCAUACAUUACUCCUCACAGGUUCUGUUCCGAUUUCUGGUGGAUAUCAUGUAGAUUUUACAGAGAAGGGAAUGAGGUUCAAGGAGAUUGAAUUACUUGAACUGGCCACAGUUGAAGUACCAAGACUUGAAUGUCAAUCUUCUGAUUCCAAAUCCCAUGUUCCUCCGCUAGAACCACUUCCUAUGAUGCCAAAAAUGAAGAAUCAGCUCUAACUUUUGAGAUAUAAACUAAACUCUGGAGCUCCCUGACUGUCAUAAAUCUCGACUCUAGGAGAGAAAGAGACCCUAAAGUAUAGAUUACCACUGGGAGGGUAUUCCCAUCAACCUGAAAGAAUCAGAGAUGCCAAAGCUGACUUCAAGCCGAAAAGACAGCUAUUAUUCUGCCUCAAUUAUAGUUUGAGGGUCAAGCAGGAAGACUUUUUUUCUGUUGUGAAUAAGGCCAGGAAGAGGCCCAGUGGUGAGCAACUCCAUCUGAAAUAAAAUCAGAUAUGAGGAAGCUUCCAGAGACACCAAAGAUUCAAGAAACACAGACCUGGAUAAAAUUUCAAAAAAAAUUUCAUAUUCUGGAGUCAUAUAAUCUUGCCCAUAUUUCUGACUUGCCCUGCCUGUAUAUAUGUAGUGAUUCGAAGUUUAAAGCACCAAAGGAAAGAGUUUUGAGCGAUUUGUUUUUUGACAGGAGGGAGAAGGAAACUUCUAAUCUUCGUCAUCACACUCUACACCAAAGACUAAGGCAGAAGAACCUCCAGCAAUGUGCUGUGUGGUGGUGGUUCCUGAAGCACAAGAAAGCAGAUGGCCUUGCUAGGACUAAGAGAGGAAGCACAGUGAGAAACUGGAAGUUUUGAUGAAAGAUUCACACUCGAGAGAAUGAAAAUCUCAUAAAGUUUUCCCUGCCCUUCCCUAAUUUAACCUCAUCCUAGACAGACCUCAGUCAAUGACCUGAUAUUAAUCCCGAGUGAGAAGGGGACGACAGAGGAUGAGAUGGCUGAAUGCCAUCACUGACUCGAUGGACGUGAGUCUCAGUGAACUCCGGGAGUUGGUGAUGGACAGGGAGGCCUGGCGUGCUGCGAUUCAUGGGGUCGCAAAGAGUCAGACACGACUGAGCGACUGAUCUGAUCUGAUCUGAGUAUCUAAAUAAAAUCAUCGACCUUGCCAACAACUGAACAAUCAUGGUGAUUGAUAUGCAUCCUAAGCUGGGACAAUAGUUGGUUCAUUUCUCUUUCUGCAGCUGAAGGAGAAUGCAGGAUUUCCUCUGGGAGAACCAGAGCUCCGUGUCUGAGUUCAUCCUUCUGGGCUUCUCCAAGGAUUCCCAAAUUAAUACAAUCCUCUUCAACAUCUUCCUCUUCCUCUAUGUCUCUACUCUUGCGGGCAAUGGGCUCAUUGUCACCUUAAUCCACCUGGACUCCCGCCUCCAUACACCCAUGUAUUUUUUCCUCAGUGUCCUCUCCAUGCUGGAUAUGAGCUAUGUUACCACCACUGUGCCCCAGAUGUUGGUACAUCUGGUCUGUCAGAAGAAAACUAUCUCUUACAUUGGGCGUGUGGCCCAGAUGUACAUCUUUCUGGUGUUGGGCAUCACUGAGGGCUGGCUGUUCUCUGUCAUGGCCUAUGAUAGAUAUGUGGCCAUCUGCUACCCACUCAGGUACAAGGUUAUCAUGAGCCCAUGGCUGUGUGGGGCAAUGGUGGUCUUUUGUGGACUGUGGGGGGUGAGCUGCUCUCUAGUUUACACUGUCUUCACUAUGCGCCUGCCCUACUGUGGCCCCAAUGAGAUCAACCACUUCUUCUGUGAGGUUCCUGCUGUUCUGAAGCUGGCCUGUGCAGAUACAUCCCUCAAUGACCAAGUAGAUUUCAUCCUAGGUUUCAUCCUUCUUCUGGUACCCCUUUCCUUCAUUCUGGCUUCUUACAUCCGUAUCUUUGCCACCAUAUUGAGAAUUCGCUCAGCCCAAGGUCGGCUCAAGGCCUUCUCCACCUGUGCCUCCCACAUCACUGUGGUCACCAUGUUCUGUGGGCCUGCCAUGUUUAUGUACAUGAACCCUGGGGCCAAUGCCUCCCCAGAGCGGGACAAGAAACUUGCCCUGUUCUACAACGUCAUCUCUGCCUUUCUCAACCCCAUUAUCUAUAGCCUCAGAAACAAAGACGUAAAGAGAGCUUUCCUCAAGCUAACAGGCUGGAGCAGGACCACUGAAUGAGGUCACUGGAACACAGAAGGCUACGACCAGACCUGAAACCAUAGGUUCUGUGGUCCUUCCACCCCAUUCCCUACCAUAGCCCUAUAGAUAGGCAAGAAUCACUGACUUAGGGGAGAUGAUAUGUGAAAGUAAGUACCUGGGUGGGACAUGAUGAUGACUCCAGUGGGCUCUCUUCAAACAUUGAGACUAAACUAUGGACAUCUUGCCGAGGAAAGAUCCAUGUCUAAUUCUUUCCUGUUUCCCCAGGGCCCAGCCAAGAGUCUGACAAAUCAAAGCAUUUACUCAAAGCAAAUGUUGAGUAACUGAAUUCAUGAGGAUUGGACCUAUUAAAUCAACUCUAGGUAGAUGGGACAAGAUGGGUCAUAGGACCCAGAUUAGUGAAUUUUAUUUUAUCUUAAUAAAGAGCAUGAACAGAUCUAAAGAAACAUAGUUUCAGGGUAAAGGAAAGGUGACCUUUGGAAUGGGAUUCAAGGGUUGGUGAUGGUCCAUCCAGUAUUUCCAUGAUGUGCCCCUGCUAUGGUGAAGAGAUACUUUGAGGGAGUCUCUCAGUAUACAGGUAAAAUGUCACCCGAAAGAAAUUGUGGUGGGUCAGAGCUCAUACUCUGCAGGAAGCCAUCACUUUGUAGGAUUGUUGUGAGAAGUCAGUGUAGGUAACAUUCUCAAAACAGUGCUUGAUACACUGCUUGCUUUACAUAAACAUUGUCAUUCUUCUUGUUAUAGUUGACUUCUUUUUCCUAACACCUCAAUUACCAAGCAAACAACUGAGACCAUUUCCACUUACAGAGAUUAGCCAUUCUGCUCUCUGGAAAGGGAUAGCUCGCAAUACAAUUGAAAAGGUUGGUAUUUGUGUGUACUUCAUCCUUAUGUGGAUUUAGUGAGUUCGGUAAGUAGGAUCUGUCACCAAGAAGCUUAUCAGCGAAACUAUAGAAAAAUAAUAUCCCUUCAAGAUACCAAAAAAGAGGCCCUGAUUGCAAACAACCACUGCUCCUCAAGGAUACCUCCAUUGAUAUUCUCUCAGGGUAGAGCUUUCAAAAUAAAUAUUUGUCCAUAUUUGAAUUGAGUAAUGAUGGUGUUAAUAGAGUACUUUAUUCAAGAGGACAUCAAUAGGUAUGGAAAGAGAUGGAUAUCAUAAUGGGUGCUGGUUUCUCUUACCAGUGCCAGAGCCUUUUACCCAUGGCUGUGGCCCCUGAGAGUCCCCAGCACCUUCUAGGAGGCACAGAAGAAUUGCUCUACAGAAUCUUAGGAAUUGUACUGGCCACACAACACCUAUCAUACCAAGAAAGACAGGUAACACCUCAGUGAGGCCUGAUUCAGAGAAGUAAGCUUUCACCUUUAGAGAAUCACCUCCAAGUUUUGGUUUCACUCUUUCUACUAACUAGAGAACAAACAAAAAAGGAGGCAGGAGUUCCUGGCAUUUAUUUUAUCCUUGUCAUCAUCCUGACAUCCCACAGUUCAUAGAGCCAUCCCAGCCUUUCCUAUUCCAAAUUUAGCUUUGAAUUUGAAAGUCUAGAUCGCCUAAUGGAACGAAGGACAGGUUAUUCAAGGAAACGGUGCCAUGGCGAAAUAUUGUCAAAUUCUUGCUUUGAACCCAAAGGAAAUUUAAAGCCAUUAGGCUCCCUUCUGACAAAUAUUAGGCCUCUUUAGCAUCAGAAUUGUUGAAUCGACAUUAAUUAACAGUCCUCAAUAAAAAAAAGUGAUGGUUCCCAUGAAGGUGAUACCGAUUCAAUCUAACUGAAUAUCAGUGAAGCUGCUUUGGACUCAGUAAGAAAGUACUGAUGAUUGUGGUGUUGAUGACAGAAUGAAUAUAACUUGUAGAGGAAGAAUAAUGUUUGACCUUCCCACUCCACAGCAGGUUAUAGGAUGUUUGUUGACCAUGUUUUGAAAAGUAGUAAGGCACAGGGUUUGAGAAGAGAUCCUGGGGCACUGGGAGAGCAAGUGAGCAGGAGUCAUGUACAAAGACUGGAACGAUGCACCAAGCCCCCAAAUCACAAAUGCAAAGGAAGGAUAGGAGUUGAUGAUGCUAUCCAGGCUACAUCAAGAUACUAGUGGGAUGAUAGGAAAAAAUGGGAAGACAAAAGGGUUUGGUUAGGCCAGACAACAGCAUGGUAGGAUUAGAAGUUGGAGAGAACAAGAAGAGACUGAGUUGCAGAAAAUUUAGAAUUGAGAGUGUACUAUUGAAAGAGUUUAUGAAUAAGCUCAUCUGAGAGUGUUGUCCCUAGGGAAGUUUCAGAUUUUUGGUAAAGAGAUAGAAGGCAAAUUCAGUGAAGAGAUUUGGGGUGUGGUUUAAUUUUAGGAAACAGGAUUUCAGAGAGAAGUUGCAGGGAGAAGAGAUGAAGCUCAGUAUAGGAUGGAACAUAUGGGAUGCAUGGAUGCUCAGUGGCUGAAUAUUUUGGUAGGCCAAUAUUUUGUAUUGGCCAUAUUUUUGGCCAAUACAUUGGCCAAAGAUGAAACAGACAAAACAGGCUUGGAAACCCAGCUCCUUCAUUUACUAAUUUUGAGACUUUGGCUGUGGUUCCUAAUCACAAUGAGCAUUUGUAAUUCAAGCUUCAGAUUUUCUCUUCAGUAAAAUGGAGAUAAUGAUCCUUACUUUGAAAGGUUUAGAGAGAUUGUAGCUUUCUAGGUCCAAAAAAAGAGAUACCUCUUUAGGUCCAAAAGGUUACACAAGGGAAACUUGAUGUAAAGGAGCAUUAACCACAAUAAAAUAACAUAUAAGUAACUCAGUGUGGUACCCAAGGGCCGAGGGAUAGUAGCCAAGGAAGAAUAGACCUGGGAGGGAUUCAAACCUCAUUGGAGAAGGUAUGGUUCAGGCACUGAAUUGCAAAGGUGU